CAGUUGUUUAUUCUCUUCAGUGUCGGCAUUCACUGUCGUCGGAUGCAGCCUCAAAUAUCUUCAAUUAUAGACAGUUAAUCUCAUCCUUUUAACUAUGAAGAGGCACCAAGAAGAUUUAACCAGCGUCAUAGAAGGCGUAGAUGUCAUAAUGUUAGAUAUCGAAGGCACGACGACCUCGAUCAGUUUCGUAAAGGACGAGCUGUUCCCCUUUGUGCGGCGGGAGGUGAGGAACCACCUGGAAGCGACGUGGGAGGAGGAGGAGACCAAGGCGGACGUGGCCGCUCUCACCCGCCAGGCGCGGGAGGACUUGGCGGCUCGAGUGACAGGAUACCCCCCGCUCCCCGAGGAAGGCGGCGAGCGCGAGCCCCUGCUGGACGCCCUCGUGGCCAACGUCCUCGCCAUGAUGGACACCGACAGGAAAGUGCCUGCUCUCAAGACGCUGCAGGGACACAUGUGGCGCCGGGCAUACCAGUCGGGCCUCGUGCAGGGACAGUGAGUAUUGCGCGCCUCA